AUGAGUGGAUGCCCGUGCUUCCAGAACAGAGACGUAGAGAAGAACGAGGAGGAGAGGGAUGACUCUCAGGAGGGAACCAACAAAGCCAGUAAAGGAGGGAUCAUCUAUGGAGAAUACCUGCAGCUGGAUAAGAUUGUGGCUGCUCAAUCUCUCCAGAGUGAACUGAAAGGCAAUAAGAUUCAUGAUGAGCACCUAUUCAUAGUUACCCACCAAGCGUAUGAGUUGUGGUUUAAGCAGAUCUUGUGGGAGCUGGACUCAGUGAGGGAUAUCUUCAUAAGCGGAGAUGUGCAAAAUGGACGUAACAUGUUGAAGGUGACCACACGCACCCAGAGGAUCAUCACAAUCUUUAAACUCCUGGUCGACCAGUUUGCUAUUCUGGAGACUAUGUCUGCUAUGGACUUCUUUGACUUCAGGGAGUACCUGUCUCCAGCCUCUGGAUUCCAGAGCCUGCAGUUCCGUCUCCUGGAGAACAAGUUUGGCGUUCCCAAUGACCGGCGGGUUCCCUACAACCGGCAGCACUACCGGGACAACUUCUAUGGCCAGGACAGCGAGCUGCUGCUCCGCUCUGAGCAGGAGCCCACGCUGCUCCGGGUGGUGGAGCAAUGGCUGGAACGUACCCCAGGCCUUGAGGAGAAAGGAUUCAACUUCUGGGGAAAACUGGAGGCCAACAUCACUGAGGGACUGAAGAGGGAGAGAGAGAAACUAGAGAUGAGACCAGAGUCAGAGGACAAAGAGGAACAGAUGAAUGAUUUCAUAAAGCAGAGAGACCUGUUUACAUCCCUGUUUGAUGAGCAAAGACAUGACGACCUGAUGAGUAAAGGUGAGCGGCGGCUCUCAUAUAAAGCUUUGCAGGGCGCUCUCAUGAUCUACUUCUACAGAGAGGAACCUCGCUUCCAGGUGUCGUUCCAGCUGCUGACCUCACUGAUGGACAUCGACUCCCUCAUGUCCAAAUGGAGAUACCACCACGUGUGCAUGGUGCACAGGAUGAUUGGCAGUAAGAUGGGAACAGGUGGAUCCUCAGGGUACCAUUACUUGCGUUCCACCGUGAGUGACCGUUAUAAGGUGUUUGUGGACUUGUGUAACCUGGCCACCUUCCUGGUGCCGCGCGACUGGGUGCCCAAGCUCAACCCCACAGAGGACUCCUCCCCAUAA